CCGCAUGUGCUGGAGCGUGGACAGGAUAGCAGAAGAGGUCAGGAAACAAACGGACAAGAAUGAUGAUGGUAUAAUAACUUACAAUCAGUUCUCAGACGAACUCGUGGUUAACUGGAACUUGUCCAAUAACACGUGUUUGUCCUUCGAAGACUUCACCUCAAACACCUCAAAUUGGGUGAGCAAAUUUCACGAUCAUCACGACACUGCACACAAGUUCUUCAAAAAUCUAGACCUUUCUGGUGAUAACCAGCUGUGCCUGCUGGAUGUAGCUGUUCAGCUUGUCAAGUACGAUACGAACCCAGUCGACGGUCAGAUUCAACCAGCUGAGUUCAAUGCCUUCAUGCAUGCCGUAAGUGAAAAGCUAGCGUACAUUUUUGUGCCUUCCCUGCUCAAUGUGUUAGGGUGUGUGGGACACUUUGAUUUACACUUGUCCGUCCGUCCGACUUUAUGUCGUUCACAUCUCAAACAACUGCUCGACCUUGUCAUCAAACCACGCAUGAUUGUCAUUUAGCAUGUGAAGUUGUCCUAUUGUUUUAAUUGGGAGGAACAAAACACUGGUCCGACUGAAUGAAAUUCCAAAAGAGAACAUCAGGAGCAUAUCUUCACAUGGUAUAUAACAAUCCUGUUAUGUUUUAUUACUCUUAAAGUCAAAUACUUUUUUAGACACGUGGGACACAAACUUUAAUGUCCUCUUUUAUAUAUUUUGACCGACUGAAGGACUAUGACUACGGUAUGGCUGUGAUAAACGUUUGUGUUGCUUACACAUGUAUCUUUAAAAAUAUU